AGCCUGAGCUCCAGCCCCGGCCCGAGGCGACGGGAGCCGAACGGGAGGCGCGGAAGCCAACACCAGGUCCCCAGCGCCGCCGGCGCCUCCGAGCCGCUCGCGCCCCUGGCUAGCUGGCGGCGGCUGCGAGCGCCGAGGCCAGCCCCUGGCCCGCGGGUGGGUCGCCAGCGCCAUGGCCACCCCAGAACCGCUGCGGCCGCGCCUGUGCUGCCUGGUGCGUGGCGAGCACGGCUACGGCUUCCACCUGCAUGGCGAGAAGGGCCGUCGCGGGCAGUUCAUCCGGCGCGUGGAGCCCGGGUCCCCGGCCGAGGCGGCCGAGCUGCGCGCUGGAGACCGCCUGGUCGAGGUCAACGGCGUCAACGUGGAGGGCGAAACGCACCACCAGGUGGUCCAGAGGAUCAAGGCUGUGGAAGGGCAGACCCGGCUGCUGGUGGUAGACAAGGAGACGGACGAGGAGCUGCGCCGGCGGCAGCUGACCUGCACUGAGGAGAUGGCCCAGCGAGGGCUUCCACCCGCCCAUGACCCCUGGGAGCCAAAGCCGGACUGGACACGAGCAGGCAGCCUUGGCUCCAAGGAUGGCCAGAAGGAUGUCAAUGGGCCCCCGAGGGAGCUUCGCCCGAGGCUCUGCCACCUUCGAAAGGGCCCUCAGGGCUAUGGGUUCAACCUGCACAGUGACAAGUCCCGGCCAGGACAGUACAUCCGUUCGGUGGACGUGGGCUCGCCGGCCGCCCACUCCGGCCUCCGCGCCCAAGAUCGACUUAUUGAGGUGAACGGGCAGAAUGUGGAGGGACUGCGCCACGCAGAGGUGGUUGCCAGCAUCAAGGCACGCGAGGAUGAGGCCCGGCUGUUGGUGGUGGACCCGGAAACGGACGAGCACUUCAAGAGGCUGCGGGUCACGCCCACCGAGGAGCAUGUGGAAGGUCCACUGCCAUCACCUGUCACCAAUGGGACCAGCCCUGCCCAGCUCAAUGGUGGCUCAGCGUGCUCAUCCCGAAGUGAUCUGCCUGGCUUAGACAAGGACACUGAGGACCGCAGCACCUGGAAGCACGACCCUUUUCAGGAGAGUGGCCUCCACCUGAGCCCCACGGCGGCUGAGGCCAAGGAGAAGGCGAAGGCCACCAGGGUCAACAAGCGGGCCCCGCAGAUGGACUGGAACCAGAAGCGUGAGAUCUUCAGCAACUUCUGAACCCCUCGCUGCCUGUGUGCGGGCCCGGCCUUCUCCCCGCACGGACUUUGGGCCUCCCUCCUCGGGCCCAGACCAGAGCUCCCCAAGCCUCAGUGGACUGGAGGAGGUGCAUCCUCACCCCCGGGAGCCGCGGUGGCCCCACCGCCACCCAGGAACCAACCCA